AGACCAGCCCGCCCUCCGGCUCGCAACCCCGGCUCCCCGGCCGCCGCAGGGGCCAGCCCACCGGACCCCGCCUGGCGCUCGCCGGCCCCUCCGAGCCCCGCCGUUGAUGACACCUGGCGGAGGCGAGCAUGGAGGGGGACGGCUCAGACGCGCCGGUUACCAUUAAGAAUAUCGAAAGAGAGCUCAUUUGCCCAGCAUGCAAGGAGCUGUUUACCCACCCGUUGAUUCUCCCUUGUCAACAUAAUAUUUGUCAUAAGUGUGUGAAAGAACUCUUACUGACACUUGAUGAUUCAUUCAAUGACGUGGGAUCAGACAACUCCAAUCAGAGCAGUCCUCGGCUUUGGGUCACCUCCCCUAGCUUGGAUAAAAUUGACAGGAUUAACAGACCAGGUCAUAAGAAGAUACUAAAUGGACUUACUAAUUACACAGGCUGGAAGCGCAAUUCAUUGACCCCUAAGACAACUACUUUUCCUUGUCCUGGCUGUGAGCAUGAUGUGGAUCUUGGAGAGCGAGGAAUCAACGGUUUAUUUCGAAAUUUCACUUUGGAAACCAUUGUUGAAAGAUACCGGCAGGCAGCCAGGGCAGCCACAGCCAUUAUGUGUGAUCUUUGUAAACCACCACCUCAAGAAUCCACAAAAAGUUGCAUGGACUGUAGUGCAAGCUACUGCAAUGAAUGCUUCAAAAUUUAUCAUCCUUGGGGUACUAUAAAAGCCCAGCAUGAGUAUGUGGGCCCAACCACUAAUUUUAGACCCAAGAUUUUAAUGUGCCCAGAACAUGAAACGGAGAGAAUAAACAUGUACUGUGAAUUAUGUAGGAGGCCAGUUUGUCAUCUCUGUAAGCUGGGUGGUAAUCAUUCCAAUCACCGUGUAACCACUAUGAGCAGUGCCUACAAAACCUUAAAGGAAAAACUUUCAAAGGAUAUUGAUUACCUUAUUGGCAAGGAGAGCCAGGUGAAGAGUCAAAUUUCUGAACUAAACUUAUUGAUGAAAGAAACAGAGUGUAAUGGAGAGAGGGCUAAAGAAGAUGCAAUUACACAUUUUGAAAAGCUCUUUGAAAUUCUAGAAGAGAGAAAAUCAUGUGUUUUGAAAGCAAUCGAUGCUUCAAAGAAACUCAGAUUAGACAAAUUUCAGACUCAAAUGGAAGAAUAUCAGGGGCUUCUAGAGAACAAUGGACUUGUGGGAUAUGCUCAAGAAGUGCUUAAGGAGACAGAUCAGUCUUGCUUCGUACAGACAGCCAAACAACUCCACCUCAGAAUACAGAAAGCUACGGAAUCUUUGAAGAGCUUUAGACCUGCGGCCCAGACUUCUUUUGAAGACUAUGUUAUUAACACAUCUAAACAAACAGAACUUCUUGGAGAAUUGUCCUUUUUCUCUAGUGGCAUAGAUGUGCCAGAGAUCAAUGAGGAACAGAGCAAAGUUUAUAACAAUGCUUUGAUAAAUUGGCACCAUCCAGAAAAGGAUACAGCUGAUAGCUAUGUCCUCGAAUAUCGGAAGAUUAAUAGAGAUCAGGAAAUGUUGUCUUGGAAUGAGAUAGAAGUUUGUGGCACAAGUAAAGUUAUUUCAGAACUUGAAAGUAACUGUAACUAUGCUUUCAGAGUAAGAGCCUACAAGGGUUCAAUCUGCAGUCCUUGCAGCAGAGAAUUGAUUCUUCGUACUCCUCCCGCUCCAGUUUUCAAUUUCCUCUUUGAUGAAAAAUGUGGUUAUAAUAAUGAACACCUCUUGUUGAACUUGAAGAGAGACCGUGUAGAGAGUAGAGCUGGAUUUAACCUUCUGCUUGCUGCAGAACGCAUCCAAGUGGGAUACUACACAAGCUUAGACUACAUCAUUGGAGAUGUUGGGAUUACAAAAGGGAAGCACUUCUGGGCCUUCCGUGUGGAACCCUAUUCAUACCUGGUCAAAGCAGGAGUUGCUUCCAGUGAUAAACUGCAAGAAUGGCUUCGUUCUCCCCGGGAUGCAGUGAGUCCAAGAUAUGAGCAAGACAGUGGACAUGACAGCGGAAGUGAGGAUGCCUGUUUUGAUUCUUCACAACGCUUUACAUUAGUUACUAUAGGCAUGAAGAAGUUCUUUAUACCCAAGUCACCUACUUUUAAUGAAGCUGAAAAUAGAGUUCUUCCCAUGCCAACAAGUAUAGGGAUUUUCCUCGACUAUGAUAAAGGCAAAGUGGGCUUCUAUGACAUGGAUCACAUGAAAUGCCUUUAUGAGCGCCAGGUGGACUGUUCGAGCACCAUGUAUCCAGCGUUUGCAUUAAUGGGCAGUGGAGGAAUUCAACUUGAAGAACCCAUCACGGCAAAAUAUCUAGAAUACCAAGAGGACAUGUAGUUUAAGCAUCUGAUGUGACUUAGAAGGAAAAACGUAGGCAAAACAAUGCCUGGGUGUUUACCUUCGUAACUAAUUACAUAUCAUCUAAGUAUUCUGUCGCCACACUUGUUUUUGUGUGUGUUUCUUCUUAAAACACAGAAAACCUAAACAGCCUUGCCUCUUCCAUGUCACUCUUCUGCCUUUCACAAAUAACAGGAAAAAGACACACUGAAA